AGCCGUGAGUUAGUCUACACUGAAUUACUCAGGAGAGAAGAUCUCUGCAGGACAGAGCUGGGGAGAAAACGAAAAAAAAACUGCUGCUCUCUCUCUUUCUCUCUUCCUCUCUGCUCCUUUCUUUACUUCUCCACACGUCCUACCGCUUCUUCACCUCGCUUUGAAGGAUUUAAAGAGUCGCUGGGAAGAAGGGAAGCAACUUUAUUUGUCUUUUUCGUCUCCUUUUUUCGGACGCUUUUGAGUUCGGACACGGACAGCGGAGCCGAGACUGUUGCACUGAUUUUUUCUCUCUUUCUUUCUACCUCUUUUUGACGCGUGACUGUAAGAAAAGACAGAGACGAUGCAAAGUCCGACUUCUUUUGCUGUGCAUUAGAGAAUAGUUGGUGUGUUUUUCUCGCUUUUUGGGCCACUUUUGUUGUUGAAGUAAGAAAGAAAGGAAGGAAAGGAAGGAAGGAAAGAAGGACUCGUCGUUGCAGUGCAGGCUCCAGCAUUGCUUCGCUCCUGGAGGAAAAAAGAAAAAAGAAGAAGGAAAAAAAAAGGAAAGAAAGAGAGGGGAACAGAACCGUGCGCGUGCGCCUGUGCGCCUUUGAGUGUGCGUGAGCCCUGAGUGAGUGAGUGAGUGUGUGUGAUGACCGCGCAGCUGUCCUCGGGGGGCGAGCUGCCCACCAGCCCUCUCGCGCUGGACUACGUGAGUGACUUCGACCUGCUCAAGUUCGACGUGAAGAAGGAGGCUCUCGCGGGUCUCGUGAACGGAGGCGCCGGCAAUAACGGCGGCGGCGGAAACGCGCGCUCGUGCACACGCCUGCCCCAGGCCCAGGGUUCCGUGUCAUCCACGCCCAUGAGCACGCCGUGCAGUUCGGUGCCCAGCUCGCCCAGCUUCAGCCCGGCCGAGCACAAGGGCCACCUCGAGGAGCUCUACUGGAUGGGCGCGAGCUCCGCUGGCGCUGCAGCCGGAGCCAACGGGUACACGCAUCAGCAACAGCAGCAACAGCAGCAUCACCACAUCGACCCCCACGCGCUCGGCCUGAGUCCCGAGGACGCCGUGGAGGCUCUGAUUGGUGCCGUGGGGCACGUGCAGCAGCAGCAGCAACAACAACAACAACAACAGCAGCAGCAGCAACUUCAACUUCAACUUCAGCAGCACUCGGGCUUUGAGAGCUACAGACCUGUCCAUCACCCUCACCCUCACCAUCCUCAUCACCACCACCAUUCUCACCAUCCUCAUCAGUACGUCAUGGGUAUGGACGAGCUGCCGGUGCACUCGCACGCGCUCGUCAACGCGCAGGACCCGGACAGCGGCAGCCCGUCUCCGACGUCUCCGGGAGCGCACGAGCACCAACAUCAUCAGCAACAGCAGCAGCAGCAGCUUCACCACCGCCACCAUCAGCAUCAUCAGCACCACCACCAUCACCACCACGGUAGCGGGCACAGCCACCACGGCGGCGGAGGCGGCGGCAGCAGCGUGGACGAGCGCUUUUCGGACGAGCAGCUCGUGUCUAUGUCCGUGCGCGAGCUCAACCGGCACCUGCGCGGCUUCUCCAAGGACGAGGUGAUCCGGCUGAAGCAGAAGCGCAGGACGCUGAAGAACCGCGGCUACGCGCAGUCCUGCCGCUUCAAACGCGUGCAGCAGAAGCACGUGCUCGAGCACGAGAAGAACCAGCUGCUGCAGCAGGUCGAGCAGCUCAAGCAGGAGGUGGGCAGGCUGGCGCGCGAGAGGGACGCCUACAAGCUCAAGUGCGAGAAGCUGAGCGGUGGAGGAGACGGCGGAGGAAGAGGAGGAGGAGGAGGAGGAAGAUGCCUGAACGGUUUCAGAGAAGCUGGAUCCACCAGCGACAACCCGUCCUCACCUGAGUUCUUCAUGUGAGUGCUGAAGAUCAUUAUGAUGGUCCAUUAUCCAUUCAAUGACUCGAAUAAUAAUAACAACAACAAUAAUAAUAAUACUAAUAAUAAUGAUGAUGAUGAUAACGCGGCUGAUCUAUAUCAAUAGUAGAGGAGUGACAAUAAUAAUGAUGAUAAUAUGUUAAUCAGCUCUAUACCUGGCAUCUCCAAUACAAAGAUCAGUUUUGAGGGUCUUUUGUUUCAGUUUUUGUUUGUUUGUUUGUUUUUUAAUCUAAAAAGCAGAGAUGCUGCAGCAUCUUCGCCACUUGUUCUGUUUGUUUGUUUGUUUAUUGUAAACAUGUCAGAAGAGCUUGCUCUGUCUGAUCUUUGUAGCUACAGUUUGUUUUGUUUUCUUUGAUUUAGAAGAUGCAGCAUCUUCAUAAGUUUGUCUUUCGUUGAUUUUCCUUUUUUUAAGAACUCAAACUCCCUCUGUAGCUUCAGUUGAGAUCAUCUCCUCCCCCUCUUUUUCUCAGAGAGUCUGAUCACAACUAACCUAUCCAGUAUUCACUCUUUAUUACUGCAUUAUUAUUGGUAGCGUUUAUUUUCUCUGGAUCAGAUCAUCCUUUUCUGCAAAAUUGGUCUCGGUUGUUCAGGAAAAAAAACACAAUAUUUAUGCUGAGGGGAGACUUUGGACUCGUAUUUGUUGUUUUUUUUCUUCCCUCUUGGCCCCAAAAGUCAGACUUUGUCAUUAUGCAAAACCUUCAGGGGGUUCCUUUAUGCAACAUCUCAUUUUGGGUUAUUGCCUGCUUGGUUAUAGAAAGAUAUAUAAAUAAAUAUAUAUAUAUAUAAAAAGACAAAAACAAACAAGCAAUCUGCAUUAAAAUAUUAAUCCUGCAUGCUGGACAUGUAUGGUAAUAAUUUCUAUUUUGUACUUUCUCUUUUUUGUCUUUUAUCCUCUCUUUCUCUCUUCGUGUAUCUUAAAUAGCAUGUUGUUGAUCUUGAGCUUUCCUCAUUGCUGUUUCUCGGACUUUAAGAGAGAUGAACUGGUGACCCAUAUCAGGACUGUUUUGGGGGUUCGUUUUGGGCUUGUAAAUACAUGCAACAGCAAAAAGAAAACAGCAAAAACAUACACAACUAAAUUUUAAACAGAAGAUAAAAUCUAGGAAUUGAUUGUUUUUGAUGCUUUCGUUGGAUUUUGGGUUUUUUUUUUUGGGGGGGGGGGGGUGAUUUCUGCAAACGGGCAUUUUUGCAGUUGCAUCUAACAAACUUUGUAUAUUAAGUGCACUUUUUUGAUAGUGAUUUUCAUUUUUGAGGGUUUUUUCCUCUUUUCUUUCUUUCUUUCUUUCUUUCUUUUUUUUUUGCAGACCGCCCUCAAGGAAGACGUAACAGAAGCGCACACUCACACACGCGCAAGUACGCAGUGCGUAAAAGCAGCGAGGUCUAAUUCACGAGGCCGCGGAGUUAAAGGGACGUUGCGUUCAAGUACACACAGUUAGAGCCCUUCAGGAGUGCGCGAAUGUAGUGUAGGUCACGAGUAAGGCAGCCGUUGCGCUAUGGAGCCGUGCGUAAUGUGCCAUGGAAACAUGCGUAAAGCGCUAUAGCUUACUGUAUUACACGUUAUGUGCCACGGCGCCAGUCGCCAUGUGACAUACGUUACGUGCAGUGCGCUUUGUGCCAUGCGUCACAUUCCACAGACCCAUGCGUUUUGCACCAAAUGUUCUGCGCCAUUCUUUUUGCGCUAUGCGUCUCGGACCGUGGACCAAUGCGCGACGCGCUAUAGCAGCUCUGUUUUGUGCGCUUUCAUUUCAUUUGCUUCGUGUCUGGCAGAACAGAAGCACAUUUGCAUAAUCCAUAUAUAAUCUGACCAAUAUCUAGACCCAUAGGUCGCAUCAUUUUACUGCUAGGAGUUAAUCACACACUUUUACGCACGAUUUGCUUUUAUCAGCUCGCUUUGUUUUCCCGCCGGUUUCAUGUACUGAACACUAUUAUUUUGGGAGUAAAAAUCAAUUGUAUCAAAUCAAUUAACAUCUUACUUAGGAGGGCAUUUGAAAUUAAGGGGUUUGGGUUCAAUUGCUUCAAUACGGAAACUGCGCAUGAGUUUCAGUAGAAAGUAUAAGCGAUCACUUGUUUAUGUUGUUGUUUUUCUCUCUCUCUUUUUUGUUUUAAAUGUUUUCCUUUAUUUUUUUCUGCCGGUCAGUAAAAAAAGAGGGAUUCAGGUUUUGCAAGAAAAAUCUCAAUUGCAAAUGAAUAUGUAUGUCAUAUGUUAUGUUUUUUUUUUUUUCUGUUUAUUAUUAUGUUUCUGGAGAUUCUGGUUCUGCUGGCCAGAUGCAUAGUUAUGGUUUUAUUUUUAAUGAUUAAAUUAACAAACUGUCAGAUCAUAUUGAAUAAGCAUGGUGCUUGCAUUUAAGAAUUAUUGUUAAAAAAGAGAAAAAAACGUCAUGCAUUUAAACAAUCUUUUGGUUUGUUACUGAUUCAACUGUGUUGAAAUCAAAGCGAAACUGCAGCAGCGGUGUUAUUGUUCUCUGGUUAGUUCAUUUCAUGCAUUAUGGGGAUCAAUUUUCAAUCCUGUUUAUAUAAAUGAGAAAAAAAAAAAAGUUAAAUUUGGACUGUUCCAUUCAGGCUGGUUUCUGUUUUGUCUUAUUUUUGUUGUUUUUGGAAGAAAUGGUUUCCUAUUUUGCUUAUUAAAGUCAUUGAAAUGGCA